AUGAGCAAAAGGAAAGCUUGUAUAGCUAUUCUGCUGGCGCUUGCCAGCGAAGAAGUCGACGAUAAAAACAAAAAGAGACGAUUGUGGAUGAAAGAGUGGUACAAGAAGAGAUGUGAACUGUCUCAUCAAUGCCUGUUAAAUGAGCUACUGGUAUCAUCACCUGAAGACUAUAGAAAUUACCUUCGAAUGGACCACGACACAUUUAUGAACCUGCUGACGAUGGUUUCACCAAUAAUUAAGAAAAAGACAACACAACUCAGAGAUGCUAUACCAGCAAGUCAACGAUUGUUAUGUACUCUCCGAUUAUUUCUUGCAACUGGAGAUUCCUUCGAAGAUCUGAAGUUUGCGUGCUGCAUCUCUCCUCAGUGUCUUGGUAACAUUGUGAUAGAGACGUGUGAUGCUAUAGUGUCAUCACUAAAAGAUGUAAUAAAGAUACCAGAGAGCGAGGAGGAAUGGAUGUCAGUGUCUGAAGAGUUUGAUCGGAAAUGGGACUUUCCUCACUGCCUCGGAGCUAUUGAUGGAAAACAUGUUAAAAUUACAAAGCCAUAUAACUCUGGUUCUUACUACUAUAAUUAUAAAGGUACUUUUAGUGUAGUUUUAAUGGCUAUAGUUAAUGCCAAAUGUCAGUUCCUUAUGGUACAUAUAGGAACAAAUGGAAGAGUCUCAGAUAGGGGUGUUUAUGGAAACACAAGAUUUAGUCAGGACUUAACAGAGGAUAAACUACACAUUCCUGCACCAAGCCCUCUACCAGGAACAACUGAUCCUGUUCCUUAUGUUUUAAUAGGGGAUGAUGCGUUCCCUCUGUUGGAGAAUAUCAUGAAGCCAUAUAGUCAUGCCAAUCUUACUAAAGAACAACAGAUAUACAAUUAUAGGGUGUCACGAGCCAGAAAUGUAGUGGAAAGGACCUUUGGCAUGUUGUCAUCUAGGUUUCGUAUUUUACACUCGACAAUCAAUCUAUCCCCAACUAAAGUGUCCAAAAUAAUCCUUGCAUGUUGCUACUUGCAUAAUUAUAUGAGUGGAGAUGGAGAACAAUAUGUAGAAAGUAUCAGUAGAAGGCAGCUCAUUCCUUUUGAACCAACUGUUCAACAGUCUUCAUUGUCAGCCAAGGAUGUACGCAAUAAGUAUUGUCAGUAUUUCAAUGGCCCAGGAUGGAUGCCCUAGCAAGUAUGUAGGAUCACAUGGAAGUUAUAGCUGAACUAGAAUUUAUAUAGCUUGAUUACAUAUUGUUUAGGGUAGCUGUGCAUUAUGUUCUCGUACAUGGUACUCUUGUGCUUUACAAAUCUAGCAAAUUAGCUAAAUAUAGGUAAUUAUUUGUGCAUUGUUGUAGACAUACUGACAGUACAUAUAUAAUACAUUCACGAACUCUAAUACACUGGAAGCUACAUUAAUAAUUAUGUAGACCGCAACCAUGAUUUAUUUAUUUUCAUUAUUUGAUGUACUAUCAUUAAGAUAUGUGAUUCUCUACACU